GAUAAUAAACCGAAUAAAUCGGUCGUGCCGGUUGAAAAAUGUACCGGCGGGCAGACGCCUAGAUACUUAGCGAGAACGACGUGGCAAGAAAAAUAACGUCUGCUCGAAGAAUCAUUAAUCAUUAACUACGCGUGCGAGGAUGCAAAGCGCGUUCCGGGAAAAGCAACGCGGCUCGGGAAAUUUUCCUCCGUCGCAGUCAACGUUGCGGGAAAGAUAAAAUAUCCUGCUCCGCCGGGCAGAAAAAGAAAAGAAGGAAGUAGAAGUGAAAUCGUCGAACAGCGGCGCGCGCGGUCGUUCGUACGAAUAAUAAAUGUUUUUGUCGUAACGUGUGCGCGUCGAACGGGACAAAGGAGGCAAAGAAAGGUAAGAGAGGCGAAACGUACAAUUCGGGGGCUCGUCGUGUCCGCGACGCACCACGGUCAGACUACGAGGAGGAAGAGUCGUAGGAAGGGAAAAGGCGUCGAGAUGGAGAGAGCGAGUCAGAUAGCUACGGCGGUAGGCGUAGGAGGGUUGAAACUGCAUGACGCUUGGGGAGCGCAGUGAUACCAUGACGUAUCGACCGAACGCGCCACGCGGACUGACGUCAUGAUCACGGCCUCAGUCAGACCGCGAGCACGUGAACAGCACGCCGGUGAUCAUGCGGUCGUUGGCUGAUAACGCCGCUCCGAUUGGCCAGCCACGGCGAGCCCCUCGACGCGAUUGGCUGGAGCAGUACGCGCCGCAUGAUCACGCACACCACGGCCACGGCGUGUCCAACCAGCCGACCUGAGAAAGCUUCAUUGCGUUACCAGACGUUCAACGGUUACGUCCAUUGCGGCUUUUUUCGCACGGUAUACCGUAUACGCGAGACCGAGUUUUCCCGUCGCUGGUCGAGCCUCUUUAACGUACUACAGUUUCACGCCACGUUUUUUUUCCAAAAGAUGGAUACGAAUCAAACACUGCUCUCACCACCGGCCUCACCCCAAUUCAGACACAUUGAGCCGCUUCAAUCGUCGUUCAGCGUCGCGGCACUUUUGGGGGACAAGCUGCUGCAGAAAACGAAGAGUACCGAGAUAAACGCGAAAAAAGACGACGAUGGAAAUGCAUGGCCUGGUUUACCCCCGACACCUCAGCCUUCCGAUUCGGAGGAGGACGAGCCUCUUCGAAAACGGCGAUGCUUAGAGCAAUGUGAAUUGGCGAAGCUAUUGCUGGACGGUACACCACCUCCGAGUCCAGAACCUGCUCGUGUGUCGGUGAUAAUGCAUGCCAAUCGUGACGGUACCUGUAGUCCAGUCAUAUUAACGCCAAAGACUACAACCACAACCUCACAACCGAUUCCACGUGUGGCACUGGUCUCCGGGCCGCAGUCGGAACCAAACUCACGGCGGAGCACCACGGAACCGGAGAAUGUUCUCAAGAGCCUGAAAUUCAAAAUGAGCCUGCGGAAGGAGGAGAUUAUCGUGAACAAUAAAAACACGGACCGUGAGAUUACACAGCCAAAAUUACAUCUUUUGGCACCAAAACCAGCACCGAUUAUGGUUACCGGACUUCUUGGAUCACCUUUGGUUUUACCGCGAGCACCUCUCCUAUUGGUAACCGCGCCUACGGCUACCACCACGACAAGUUUAUCUACUCAAGAGUCGGUUGCUCGACGUCGUGUUUACGAAUGCGAGCAUCCAGGUUGUGGGAAAAAUUACUUUAAAUCGUCCCACUUGAAAGCACACACGCGAACCCACACGGGUGAACGGCCGUUUUCGUGCCCGUACGAAGACUGCAGUAGACGGUUUUCAAGAAGCGACGAACUGUCACGGCACAAGCGCACGCAUACCGGCGAGAAAAAGUUCGCCUGCACGGUCUGUCAAAGAAGAUUCAUGAGAAGCGACCAUUUGGCGAAACACGUGAAACGGCACGUCAGAGACAGAUCUUCGUCCGUCGGUGUGACCGGUAUUCAAGCUUCCGUUACGCAGAUGACAGCAGCGCCUUUAAAGGUUAGCUUACUUCCUGUUAUAGCGCCACGAAUAACACAAUCAACUCAUCAAAUCAUACCACCGCAAUUGGCGGCUUAAACAGCGCUAGGAGAGUGACGUGGUGUCAUUUGAUAUGCUUGUACCAUACCUUAAAGGCUGCGAACCGAGCUUUAAUUAUCGCAGGAUUGAGAACCAUUCCAACGUCGUGAACAAAAUCGAAAAAAUUUAUUAUCUUCCGAUGGAUAAUCGAAAACCGAAUCUACACGUGACGAUAGAUGUCCUCCGAAUUUGUGAAAAAUGAAAAUGAUCGUCGGAGGGUUUUCGUACGUUCUCGAUGGAACUGACGUGAAGAAUAUGACUGCGUCGAGAUUGGAGGAAUUACAAGCAAGAGUGAGUCCCCGCUUGCCUCUUUAACGAGUAUCACAUCGUGAUUGUGUAAAACGAAUUAACACGAGGCGUACUUACUAGGAAGGGACCUAAAGGCACGAGGAGCGGUGAUAAGUCAUGAAAACGAGGCUUCUUUGCCGUCCGUGAACCAAGUACCUAAGUGUGUCUGUGAUCUGUGAUGCAUAAGCGCGUUGACCGAGAAAAGAGUAUUUAUUUAAAAAUUCAAAGACAGUUUUUAUGAAUUAAACACAUAACGGCUAUGCAAAAAAGGAACGCUAUAGUUAUGCAGUUUUCAUUAUCGUCGACUAGUUAUAUAUGUUAAUUAUAGAUCAUAUAUGUAUAUCUCGUCCGGUUCAGACAUCCUGCCGGGCAACCUAAGACUUCUUACUGUAAAGAUAAGUUUUAAUGAUUUUUCUACAAGAUCAGAGAUUAA